AUGCCUAGCAAAAAGAAAAAAUAUAACGCUAGAUUUCCAGCUGGGCGUAUAAAAAAAAUAAUGCAAACAGAUGAAGAAAUUGGAAAAGUGGCUCAAGCUGUGCCAGUUAUCAUAUCAAGAACGUUAGAAUUGUUUGUCGAAUCAUUAUUAAAAAGAGCCAUGCAGAUCACUAGUGCUAAAAAUGCUAAAACAUUGACUCCUACACACAUGAAACAGUGCAUACUUUCAGAAAGUCGAUUUGAUUUUUUAAAAGAUCUAGUCAAAGGUAUUCCAGAUGUGUCUAGUAUUGAAGAUGAUUUUACAUCUCCCUGCGUAAACAACAGUCAAGCAGGUGUCGUCAUAAGUCCUGCACCAUCGACUAAAUAUUAUAAUUGUUUUCAAUUUCAAAAUCAGCCACCACCACCACCACAAUCGGAUGGGGGUUCAUCGAGAAGUUCAAGCGUUGCUACUAGUCAACCUCCCCUAUUACAAACAUCUCAACCAAAGUUUUAUAAAGAAAUUCCUAUCGGUAGUGAUGAUUAUGAGAAUAAACCUGCGGAACCUAAUAUUAUCACUCCGUCCUCUUUGUUUGUUGGUACGACAACGGUUAUACAACACACGUCGAGUUCACAAAUGAUGUCAAAUAAUUAUUCAACAAAUUUCCCUUUUACGAACGUGAAAACAAACGAAUUAAUGCCAUCUUCGAUAAGAAACAUGUCGGGUCGUAAUAUAACUCAGCUCAACGAACUUAAACUUUCUAAUUGUUCUAAAAUGAGUGAUAAUUUUAAAUCUAAUGGUGAAAAGGAAGUCGAGGAAGAGGAGGAGGAUAAGAUAAAAAUAAAUAAAAAUGAUGAUGAUGAUGAGAAUUAUGAAGAUGAUGAUGACGACAACAAAGAGGAAGACGAUGAUGAAAAGAGUGACGAAAGAAAUAAUAAGAAAGAAAAUGGAUAUCACGAAGACGAAGAAAACGUUGCUAAAGAAUGUGUUAUAGAUGAAGAUUACGACACGUAG